UAAAUAAUGAUCUAAUCAUAGAAGACAUAACAGGAAAACCAAUGGCAGCUUUAGAUGUGUUCACUCUGUCAAUUAAAGCACUUGUUAACCAUUUGCUGGAACUUCUAGAAAAACAAGGGACUGGUGUAAAACCCGAAGAAAUACGCUGGGUUCUGACUGUUCCUGCUAUCUGGACUGAUAGUGCCAAACAGUUUAUGAGGAAAGGCGCAGUUCAGGCUGGAAUACCGGAAAAUAAACUGUACAUAGCUCUAGAACCGGAAGCAGCAUCUAUAUUCUGUCAAUACCUACCAACGGAAAAACUCAACGGAGCUGAUUUUAAAAUGGCCAAACCAGGAACAAAAUACAUGGUCGUUGAUCUUGGAGGUGGCACAGCUGACUUAACCGUCCAUGAAAAUGUUUCAAAUGAAAAUCUGAAAGAGCUAUGCAGUGCUACAGGAAACAAUUGUGGAGGUACUUCUGUCGAUGAAAGAUUUUUGCAGAUGUUUGUGGAUAUAUUUGGACGUCCAGUGAUGAACUUAUUAAAGGAAGAGGGCCCGUCUUCAUAUUUGGAUCUGUUUCGCGAUUUCGAAACAGUCAAACGAAUUAUUGAACCAGACAGAAAUACAAAAGUAACUAUCAGCAUACCUUAUCCGUCAAUAAAUAAGUGUUGUUUAAAACUUCUCAAUAAAGACAUUGAUUCCGCUGUAGAUGCGUCCAUGUAUGCAGAAAAAGUUACACUUAAAGGUGGAAAACUCCGAAUUGCCCCAGAAUUGGUUAAAAAUAUUUUCAAACCAACAAUUGAAAGUAUUGUAUCUCUCAUGAAAGACAUUUUUGAGAGAGCGCAAUCAUCUGAUGUAUCUCAGAUUUUACCGGUUGGUGGCUUUUCUGAAUGUUCUCUUCAAGAUGCAAUUAAGCGAGCUUUUUCGGAUAAAAGAAUUAUAAAUCCAGAUGAAGCUGGUUUGGCUGUUCUAAAAGGAGCUUGUCUGUUCGGCCACAAACCGGAUUAUAUUACAUCUCGUGUUAUGCGGUUCACCUACGGCACAGGAAUAAGUUUACCUUUUGAUGCGAACAUUCACGACAAGGAACAUCUCGUCAGAGAGGAAGAUGGAGAAGAAUUUUGUGAUGGCCUAUUUGAUGUUAUAGUCCGCAAAAAUGACACAGUUGAUAUUGGUACCGCAAUAGAACACAAUUUCACCGUAGAUUGCAAUGAUGAAGAACCGUGGGAACUCUCACUUUAUGCAUCGACUAAUGAGAAACCUAUGUACGUGGACGAAAAAGGUUGUACUCUUCUGGGUUCUAUGAAGAUUUCGUUCUCAAAAGCAGGUGAUCCAGAACGAGAAUUUAGAGUAGCGUUUCUGUUCGGUAAUACUGAGUUGGGUGUUACAGCAACCGAUAUACUUAAGAACAGCACGGAUCGUCGUUUAAGAAAACAACGUCGGUAUGCCUGA